AAGUAGCCUCCCUCCGUCAGAGAGCAGUUUUUGUUUUAUUCUUCACUCAUUCAGAAGAGAAAGUUAAUUGCAAAAUCAAUGGCUCCGAGAAUCAGAAGCAUCGGGAGUUACGCUACUCAGGAAAAAUACUCUGUCGAUUUCUUCGGAGAAGAGUUCACCGUAACCGUGACGCCGGAUCCUUCCGUCAUCGGCCAAUGGAUCCACGACGUACUCUUUCACAACCGCUUCUCCUCUCACCCUCUCGUCGUUGGCGUCGGCGUUCAGUGGACACCGCAUGGUUAUUACUCUGACUCCGAUUCUUCAUCAGGCGGUUACUACGAUCCUCCGGCGGAUACUCUUCAGCUCUGCGUUGGGAAUCGAUGUAUCAUCAUCCAGCUCUCUCACUGUCACCAGGUUCCCAACGUCCUUCACAGUUUCCUCGCGGAUCCAAACUACACGUUCGUCGGUGUGUGGAACAGCCAAGACGCGAGAAAGCUAGAGCGGUCUAGGCAUCAGUUAGAGAUUCGUGAUCUCUUGGAUUUGAGGAAGUACGUUGAAGAUUCGAGAGGACAGAUGAGGAGCUUGAGGCGUUGUUCGUUUAAGGUGAUUGUUGAGGAGUGUUUGGGUUACCGAGGAGUGAAGCUAGAUCGUCGGGUGAGUAUGAGUGAUUGGAGUGAGUACGACCUUUGUGACCGUCAGGUUCUUCAGGCGUCGGUAGAUGCUUUUGUUUGUUUCAAGCUCGGUGUUAAGGGCUUCUCCAUCAAUAGAUAUUAA